AUGUUGCCCAGUGAAUUCUCAGCAUUUUUCUUUCUGCUUCCGGUGCUUGCAUCGGCUCAAGACGGGGCUGCAGACAGCUUCUCCUGCUACUACUGCGUUCAUUCGCAACGGAAGACAGAUGUUGAAACGGGUUCCGACCAAGAUCCCGAUUGUAUGAACAAACUGAAAUUUGGCUCGAGGACUGAUUUGCAGCGAGUGUGCACGUCGACGGAGAAAUAUUGCAGGUCAACGGUAACUAAUUUGAACGGUUUCUUCACAUUCGUGGAACGAGACUGCGCCCAAGCAUGUGCAGAAGGAUGCGAAGAACGGGGAUACGGUCUCUUCACACAAGAAUGCACCCGAUGCUGCCAAGGCCAUCUCUGCAAUGAAUAUGAUGGCAGAAGCUAUUAUCUACCAAAUCACGGCGGCUGGAUAACCAGUAUUAGUGGCCUCCUCCAAUUACUCACAUUCUUGGUGUGCUUGUCC